ACCGGCGCGGGCUCCGGGAGCUCCCGGCAUCCCUCGGGCGGCGGCGGCGGCGGCAGCGGCGGCGGCGGCGAGGCAAGGAGGCGGAGGACCGUGUGCGGCGGGGCCGGUGUUGGGUAGCGGAGUGAGGGCGGCGAGGGACCUGAGGGGUAGUCGGGCCGCUGUGGCCGCCGCCGCCGCCAUGCAGGAAAUCAUCGCCAGCGUGGACCACAUCAAGUUCGACUUGGAGAUCGCAGUGGAGCAGCAACUCGGGGCACAGCCGCUGCCCUUCCCCGGCAUGGACAAGUCGGGGGCUGCUGUCUGCGAAUUCUUUUUGAAAGCUGCCUGUGGCAAAGGGGGCAUGUGUCCAUUCCGCCACAUCAGCGGUGAGAAGACCGUCGUGUGCAAACACUGGCUGCGGGGGCUGUGCAAGAAGGGGGACCAGUGUGAGUUCCUGCACGAGUACGACAUGACCAAGAUGCCCGAGUGCUACUUCUACUCCAAGUUUGGGGAGUGCAGCAACAAGGAGUGCCCCUUCCUGCACAUCGACCCCGAGUCCAAGAUCAAGGACUGCCCUUGGUACGACCGUGGCUUCUGCAAGCAUGGUCCCCUGUGCAGGCACCGGCACACGCGGAGAGUCAUCUGUGUGAAUUACCUCGUGGGAUUCUGCCCGGAGGGGCCCUCGUGUAAAUUCAUGCACCCUCGAUUUGAACUGCCAAUGGGAACCACGGAGCAGCCCCCACUGCCACAGCAGACGCAGCCUCCAACAAAGCAAAGUAACAAUCCGCCAUUACAAAGGUCGUCCUCCUUGAUCCAGUUAACGAGUCAGAACUCUUCUCCCAAUCAGCAGAGAGCCCCACAGGUCAUCGGGGUCAUGCAGAGUCAAAACAGCAGCGCAGGCAACCGGGGACCCCGGCCGCUGGAGCAGGUCACCUGUUACAAGGUGUACCUUCAGCUGGAACUGCACAGCACCCAGUAAACAGAGGACGCGGUCCAUCUGUGCACCUACCUCCUGUCCCGCCAAGCAUCAGUGCAUCACUCACCUUUGGCCUCGGAGACCACCCUGCCCCUGAACCUGGAAAUGUGAAACCAUCACCUGCAGCCUGCUGGGCAAGUGGGCCUAUCCAAGUUCCAUUACAAGAACACUUUUUAUGCGGUUGAUUAAAGCUUAUUUUUUAAGCUGCGUCUCAUUACUUCAGGGACCCCACGCCAAGGACAGGACUCCUGCUGCUGGCCGCGCUAGAUGUCCAGCACGAAGCUUUGAUGUCGGUGCUUGCUUGUCCCCUUUCAACACGUGAAUCUGCCAGAGGGGAGGGAUGCUGCCAGGGAAGGAAGGGCCUCUCUUCUGGCAGCUGGUAAAGUCUGGAAGCUUGGCCUUUGGUUGUAACAGCCACGUGGCAGAUCUCCUUACUCCAACUCAGAUGUUGGAUGAUACCUGCUUAUUCAAAUUUGGAUCUUCUACGAGAUAAUUAGUCACAGCAUCUCACCCCUUAUACUCCAUGCAGUAUAUGUUCUUACCAUAUACCCCUCUGACCUUCAUGUCCCUUUACCGAUGAUCUCUGAUGAAGGGUAAGGAUGAGGGGGCUGGAUACAGGGCCUGUGUUUUCCCCUGCUCCCCCGAAUCAUCCCAUAGGGAAAAAGCUUCCUUACCAGGAGGGCCCACACUACUGCAGCCUCUAUAAUGCAGGAAGAUGGGGGAGGGGAAGGCACUCUUAAGCACUCAGGGCAUCAGUUCUGAUGUAAAAGCAUCAGCUGAUAAAAAGCCAGAAGUGCUUAGAAUAGCCUAGGUGCAAAAAGCAGGGAAACCCCUCCAGGCACUUGACAGGCUGAACUAGAUGACAUCCCACCUCCCGUGAGCUGGUUCAAAGCCCCAAAGCCCUGGGCCGACCACAAGAAAAUCGCCCUCUGGGAACGGUAGAGCCUUCACAGCCCUGCUGCCGCAGCAGGAGGUCCAAAAGGGCAGGGAAACUACACCAGUGAAGCAGUCCAAGUACCAGUCAUCUUUUAUUGGAUGCUAAUUCUGAAUUAGGAUAUGAAAGGAUUCAAGGGUGCCAGGCAAAGGUCACGGUCAGGAAUGCCGAAUGUGCCUCCACACUGGGCCCUCUUCAGUGGUACUUGCGUAGCCGCUCAUGUUCUGAAGUCAGAAAGGCAAGAUGGUAAGUUUCUUAAAAGGCGUAGUGAAAACGCAAGAUGACUGGGUGACGGCAGCCUAACAUCUAAAGCCAUCCUGAGAAUCCCUUUCAGGAGAUAACCCAGAACCUGCCUGGAGGUACAAGGCAUCUCAAGAGCUAAUCUUCCUUCCCAGAAGGAUCCCGCGCUCAGACACAGUCCCCGAGAGCCUGGCCUUCAGAGCCAGCAUGACCCUGGCUUUCAGACUGGCAGGGGCUGCCGCGGGCACUCCACCGCCAUCUCCCGCCCCACAAGCUCCUCUCGGGCUUCAGACCCAGGACAAGCUACCCUUUUCCAGAACACCGGACACCGGAUUGCACCACUCCUGUUUCUCUCUUCGCACUGGCUGCUGGGAAGACGAAGCCAAAAUUUUCCACCAACCCUCGGCGGAGCCUGCGGCACCUUACAGAACGCUUCCCAAUACUACCUUUAUCCCGGCUUCACGUUAGUUUUCCUCUCUUUGCCACAAUUUUCUCGCUUAAAAUAGCAUCCUAUAUGCUAUAUUCUGGUAAGUCCCUCCCAAUUUUUCAGCUGCCGUAGAAUGAUGGACUUGUAAACCCAACAGUGAACCAGUCCCAUCAGCUGUGAGAAACCCCAGAGGGCUAGGUGACCAGAGAGACACUCACUGAGUUCCUUGUAACAACGACAGUAGUUGAAGAGCACGUAAGCUGCGAGCACCAUAGAAAUCCCAGCAACGCCCCCUCUCUUCACAUUGACAUACUUGUUGUAAUACCGGUAGUAACCUGCAAACAGGAGAGGAGGCCACUGUCUGCUUUGCUGUGAAUGCUUCACACAGUGCAAAGUCGAGUCUGGCUUAAAUUCAGGGACCCAGUCCUGUUCUGGCUCUUGAAGCCAUUCACCCUAAAUUCACUGGCUGAUGAAGGGAAAAGCACCAUUGCCCCAUGGGUCUUGCCCUGGGAGCCCAGGAUAAGCCCCAGCUAGGCCCACCUGGAUCCUACCCCUAUGCUUUGGCCUUCACCUUAACAGACUUGGCUCAGCCUAUUAGCUUCUGAUCCUACCUCACCUUCACCUCCAGCCCUAGGGAUCCUCUUACCCUAAUUCUGACCAAAAGUCCAACCCUAAGUGAAGGCCACUUAGCUGAGGCCGGCUGGGUCUCCCUGUCAGGGAAGAAGGCUUUGUGCAAUCAUCUCUUUGCUGGGUAACCCUCCUCGCCCCCCUCCCCCAGUGAGGAAACAGUUUCUACCCUCUUUGGGCUUAUGGCUUGGUUAACAAAAGAAUGAAAUGAUUCUAGAAGGCCCUGGUUUACAACAGUGAAGGAAGCUGUGAAGUCAGGGACUGUUGUCACUAAGUAUGGGGAAAAGGCAGAGAAUUCUAAUCUGAGCUAAGGGAAGGCCUCGGAGCAGAAGGAAAA